UUGGCGCAUCAGCGAGUCUUUGCCCAGAUCCCUCCAUCAUGCAUGGGGGCAAGAGGGGUCUGGUGGCUCCGCAGAACACAUUCCUGGAAAAUAUCGUCCGGCGCUCCAGCGAAACCAGUUUUCUUUUGGGGAAUGCACAAAUCCUAGAUUGGCCGGUUGUAUAUAGCAACGAUGGAUUCUGCAAGCUGUCCGGCUACCACAGAGCUGAGGUCAUGCACAAGAGCAGCACAUGCAACUUCAUGUAUGGUGACCUGACCGACAAAAAGACUAUAGACAAAAUCAGACAAACCUUUGACAACCAUGAGUCUAAUUUCCAUGAGGUGCUGCUAUAUACAAAGAAUAGAACACCAAUAUGGCUUUACAUGCAGAUAGCCCCAAUCAGGAAUGAAAACGACAAGGUGGUGCUUUUCCUCUGCACCUUCAGAGACAUUACACUUUUUAAACAACCUAUAGAAGAUGAUUUAGCCAGAGGAUGGACCAAAUUCGCCAGGCUCACAAGGGCACUUACCAACAAUCGUAACCUGGUGCAGCAGUUAGCUCCUCUGAACAAGCCUGAGGUCAACCACAAGCCUUCCCGACUGGUUGAGGCUCUGCAGCUUGGAUCGGAUAUCCUCCCUCAGUAUAAACAAGAGGCCCCCAAGACCCCUCCGCACAUCAUCCUCCACUACUGCACCUUCAAGACCACAUGGGACUGGGUCAUCCUCAUCCUGACUUUCUACACUGCUAUCAUGGUUCCCUACAAUGUUUCCUUCAGGACCAAGCACAACAACCUGGCCUGGCUGGUGGUGGACAGCGUGGUCGACAUCAUCUUCCUGAUCGACAUUGUGCUCAAUUUCCACACAACCUUCGUGGGUCCGGCUGGAGAAGUCAUCUCAGACGCAAGGCUGAUUCGGAUGAAUUACCUGAAGACAUGGUUCGUCAUUGACCUGCUGUCCUGCCUCCCCUAUGACAUCAUCAAUGCCUUUGAAAAUGUAGACGAGGAUGUCACCCCACAUGCCUCCCCAGCAAGUCAUCUCCGUGACUUUUCAAAUUUCCACAGGAACUCCACUCGGACAGAGGACUCCGUUCUUCCCGGUCUCAGCAGCCUCUUCAGCUCCCUGAAAGUGAUCCGUCUGCUACGUUUGGGCCGAGUGGCCCGGAAGCUGGACCACUACCUGGAGUACGGUGCCGCCGUCCUGGUCCUCUUGGUGUGUGUCUUUGGCCUGGUGGCCCACUGGCUCGCCUGCAUCUGGUACAGCAUCGGGGAUUACGAGGUCAUCGACGAGACCACCAACAGCAUCAAGACGGACAGCUGGCUCUACCAGCUGGCCCUGAGCAUCGGAAAGCCUUACCGGUAUAACGCCAGUGGGACAGGCCGGUGGGAAGGUGGCCCCGGCAAAGACACCCUGUACGUUUCUUCCCUCUAUUUCACCAUGACAAGUCUCACCACCAUUGGAUUUGGCAACAUUGCUCCAACAACAGAUGGAGAAAAGGUUUUCUCCGUGGCUAUGAUGAUGGUGGGCUCGCUGCUGUAUGCGACCAUCUUUGGAAACGUGACCACCAUCUUCCAACAGAUGUACACCAACACAAACCGAUACCAUGAGAUGCUCAACAAUGUGCGGGACUUCCUCAAGCUUUAUCAGGUUCCCAAAGGUCUGAGCGAGCGGGUCAUGGACUUCAUCGUCUCCACCUGGGCUAUGUCUAAAGGCAUCGACACAGACAAGGUUCUUUCCAUCUGUCCUAAAGACAUGCGUGCAGACAUCUGCGUGCACCUCAACAGGCAGGUGUUCAAUGACCAUCCAGCGUUUCGUCUGGCGAGCGACGGCUGCUUACGCUCCCUCGCUGUCGAGUUUCAGACCACGCACUGCGCGCCUGGAGACCUCAUCUUCCACAUCGGAGAAAGCGUUGAUACCCUCUGCUUUGUUGUCUCCGGCUCACUUGAAGUCAUCCAAGAUGAUGAGGUCAUCGCAAUACUUGGUAAAGGGGAUGUGUUCGGAGAUGUCUUCUGGAAGGAGACCACGCCAGCUCGAGCCUGCGCCAACGUGCGAGCGCUGACCUACUGUGACCUGCACGUCAUCAGGAGAGAAGCUCUGAUGAGGGUGCUGGACUUUUACACCGCAUUCGCCAACUCCUUCUCCCGCAACCUCAUCCUGACCUGUAAUCUACGGAAACGGGUAAUCUUCAGAAAGAUUGCCGAUGUGAAGCGAGAGCAGGAGCGGCAGAGAAGUGAGGUGGCUCUCUCCAUUCCUGAAGAUCACCCUGUUCGUAAGUUGUUCCAGAGGUUCAGGCAGCAGAGGGACUCUCAAACGCCGGGAGAGACACAGGCUUAUUCGGACCAAAACUGUGUUCAGAUGGAGCCACAGCAUCACCACCGCACUGACUCAAUCUAUUGCAAUCAACAGCAGGAGCAGAGCACAAAACCCUGCACGGAAGCAGGGAGUGCAAGCAGAAGAAGAAGCACGGCUGCUACACAUCAAGAGUGCAAUGACUCUAGAAAGUCAGAGCAGGGAUGCACUCAAGUAACCAUGGAGUCGAGGCCUAUUCAGAGGAGCCUAAAACCAGGUACAGGUGGAGCCAGUAGCAGAGGGGGACGAGGGUGGUCGAGAUUUAAGAGCGCUGUAUCUACUGAACCAGCUCCUUCUGCCAAUGAGCAGGAAAAGGACAUACAGAAAGCAUCUCAGACCUCAGAAGAGCAUGCAGCUUCCAAAAAGAACCAGGAAUCAGAGGAGAAGGGGAGCACAGAGGGUGGCAACACAGCAGGAGACAGAAGAGAGGAAACAAGUGUCAUGCACAAGACCGACUCCUGCGACAGUGGCAUCACAAAGAGUGACCUCCGGAUCGACCGAGAUCUAGACUCCAGGAGCUCCUUUGAACGGAGCCCGAUGGAAAAGAGUCCUCUGGACAGAAGUCCCUUUGAGCACAGCCUGGGGGUUUACACAGAGGUAUCCCUGAGGCAUUCCUUCCUCCAGCCGGUGUCUGAACAAUCCCUCCUCCAGACGACCCUGCAGGAGGCCAAGCUGGAGCUGAAAGGGGACAUUAGGAAACUGAGUAGCCGGCUGUCACUCCUCGAGUCACAGGUGAGCGAGGUCCUCAGGUUGCUGUCAUCCAAAAGAAGACUCUCGUUGCCUCCAACUUCUUCAAAGGCAAAGAUUAAAAGUCACGACAUGGCCAUGGCCUCAAGAGUCGUAGCACCCAAAGCAGAAGAGGAAUCUUUGUGACUUCACUCACAACUCUGAUCUGUAUAUUUUGAUCAGCAACCUGCAUGUCCUGUUGGACUGGAAGACAUUAAAAACUUGACUGCAUGCUAAUAUUACUUUAUGUAACCUAUGCAUCAAAACCCAGGGAUUUUUCUUGUAGAAUUGUAUGCACUUUUUAUGGAUGUGUGAUGCCAGGAAAGAUACAUAUUAUGAACAAAAAUACAGGUGAUUGUAGGAAAGAAGUACAUCUUAUACAUUUUAAAGCAGCACCUAAUCGACUCUACAGCUUUUAUCCAUGUUACUCCAAGAAUGAUGAUUUGAUAAAGGAUGCUCAGACGAUGCUUAGGUCUGAAAAUCACCUAUAUAGUCAGCUGGUCAUAUUUGCAGUGGAUUUGCAUGUUUACAAACUCAUAAUAGGCCCACCACACCCCCCACUGGUACAAAGGAGCAUAACCCAACUAGAAGUAAUGACGAGUGGCCGGUGAAAGAAAUGCCACCUUCAGUCAGUGUUUACAGUGUCAUUAAAAAGGAAUAAUGACAAUAUUAAUAUGUAAAAGAUAAAUUAUUUUCUCAUCACUACAUAUUUGCUUACUUUAGUAGUUUAAGACUGUUUAAUCUUGACAUGAACACAAAAAACUGGAAGAUAAACUGUUUAAAAUGUGUACAAACUUGCCCAACACCCUGGACCGACUUAUAAAUGGCAUCAACCCAUUACUAGUGUUGCAGUCAAGACCUAAUUACAACAAUGCUCUUGAAAAUGGUCUCGCACUGCGUUGGUGUUGAUCAGACCAGGUAGCUAUUUAGCUAAUCUAUAACAGGGUGCAGACUAACUGGUUACAUUGGUCUGUUAUUCAAUGGGUAAGCAGAGCCUCAACUGCAUGCCACCUAUCCGGGAAGUUGCAGUUGUGGUCUUAACAGGUCCUGAGAAAACAAAAUCUAGAGUCCAGCAAGUCUGAAGAUCUAAAUUAGGGAACCGUUCUUGAGGCCGAGUCACUGUUUCACCCCUAUCUUCAAAAGUCCACUUUUAAUAAGGCUCUGCUGUAAAGAAGGGGAAAGAAAUGAGAAGGCUCCAAAUUAACAUUAACAUUUCAACAAGUCUUCAGGUGUGACUCUAGUUUGACGUGAGAGGCUGUAGUGAGCAGUGGCCCAUAAAACUGGCUGCUCUGAUCAGGGUUAUUCAAAGUUAUUUUGAAGGAAGCUGCACUAAAACUUUUAUAGUCAAAUUUUCUUAAUACCUCAGAAAGUCAAAGCAUAGCAGGACUUCUUUAAUUAUGUACUGCAGCAAUGAUAGUUUGCAUGUUUGGCUGAUGAAUCACCUUCAAACUACGUUCAUCUGCUUGUGUCCCAGAGAAAACAGGAGCAGCUAGGACUUUUUGUUUUCUCUGUACGACUGGAACUCACUGAACGUUUCCACACAAAAUCGAUCAGGUCCUACGUCUUCCCAUUUUCCCCUCGUCCCUCACCAAAGCUCCCACUCUCGGAGUCAGUUAACUGCAUGUGCCUUAUCAAGCGAAGCCUUCUACAGGGGUGCAUUGAUCAAAGAUAAUCAGCUGAUUACCUGUUGGGGUUUACCUUUAUUUUCUCCCAAAGCAUUGUUAUUUGGAAGAGAUUAAGUGUUCUAACACAGACUAGUGGAGUGUGGAGAGCUAAAGGGUGAUAGAAAUAUCAAUGACCUACACAUUUAGUUACUUAAGUGUUCACAAACUAAUUUCUCUGUGCACAUAAAAAGUGUAACAAUUUAUUUCAUAUAUAGGAUUUAUGUUGCUUGAAGAGGAUGUCUGAAGAGGAUUUAAACAGAUAACUGCAUUAGAGUCACUGUUUAUUCUGACAUGCAACUCAACUUGCUCAGGUAUAUUUAUUUUGUUUAGAUGAUUUAAAUGAUAAUGGUUGGCAUUAUAGUUAUACGUGACUGCCAGUUGAGUUAGUGUGGGCUGCGAUGGCGUCAGCAUGACGGCUGACUUACUACAUCUGUUCUAUGUUAGGUAUAUUUAACGACCUUGCAUGUAUCUGAGGGAACCUGUCAGCUGUAAAAUGGAUAAUGAAAACAGAUUCCUGCUCACCAUCUGUUGUUUGGUCUCUCGUGUGGCGCAUCUUUAUCUCAUGAAAGAAACAAUGAUGAUCUCUGUUUUUGCUGAAGAAGAGCAGCUAAAAUCUGUUAACGCACCACACUGGGACUUUUCAACAGUUUAGGCCUCAGGAGUUGUUUUUCUAUCUUUUUGUUUCAACUAGGCAUGGAAAAAUGAAAUGUUGUGACAGGGCCUAAAAUACACCCUGCCUAAAUUUAAUCUUUAUAAUAAUCUCAGAUUACAAUUGAAUAAAAAUGUCUUCCUUUGUUAUCUUUUGUGUGAAAGUAUAAAUUUCCUAGUUUUAAAGACA